AUGUCAGAGAAGAAAGAGAAAAAGCGUUUACAGCCUCUUUUGGUGUCUACUAAUGAGACAACACCAGUCGUUGGUGUUACAGUGGAGACAGAGUCUUCAAAAAAGAUGGACGAGUCCUUGUCUUUGCAGCCAGAGAAAGUUGAAAAAGAAGAGAAGAUCGAAAAAGAAGACAAAGAGGACAACGAGAUGGACGAAGAAAGUAUAACACACCCGAGUAUGGAAAUUGAAGACUUAAAAACAGCACGAGAGUAUGAGACGUGGAAGGCAAAUACUAUUUACCUCUAUUCAUUUUUGACGACGUAUGAAACACCGUUUCCAGCAGCCACCACUUUCGAUUGGGGAACAGUUGUAUCAAAUACUUCAGAUGUAACAAAACAGUCCUUUAUCUAUGGAACCAAUGAAGUUGAUGACACUGCUUAUAUAGGAAAAUGUGUGCUGUCUAUUCCAACAGGAGAGGUCAAACCAACUUCGUUCAAAGAUGGGAAUGUUGGUGAAUUUGAUUGUGACGUCCGGUAUGAUGAUAGUGGACUCUUUAUGCACAAGGGCGAUGUCAGAAGGUUACGUGCAAUGCCACAGAACCGCGACGUUGUUGUGACAAGUUCAUCUGAGAAUCAGUCGUUUAUAUACAACACGGCGGACUCAUUAUGUGAGGGUGUAGAACGAAAGCACGGAGGUGGGUUUGGCCUUUCAUGGUCAAUAGUUUCUCCAGGGACCUUCUGUGUAUGUGAGAAUGGGAAUGUCUAUGUCUACACAAUUAAUAACGAGAAUGAAGAAAUUGCAAUGUUGAAUGUACACAACUCAAUAAAUGAUGUGUGUUUCAAAGCCGAUGCAGACAUAAUACUGAGUGUUGGUGAAGAUAGUCGAGCUGUUUUAACUGAUAUACGAACAAAGACAACAGUUUCAGUCUUUUCAGAGACACAUAGUGGUGAUGCAAAUGCGUGUUGUUUUGAUCAGGGCAAUUCAUACAUCUUUAUCACAGGAGGUGGGGAAGAUGGAUUUGUUCGCUUUUGGGAUACUCGAAAGCCAAACUUUGAGUUAUGUCAUUUGUUUGGUGCGGAGAAAGGUAUCAAUUGUUGUCAGUUGAGUACAAUCAACUUAGGAUAUGUGUGUUCUGCAAGUAAAGAUAAUCGUGUUCGUAUUUACGACAUGAGUCGAGUUGGCGAAGAUCAAACUUCAAACGAUGCUGAUGACGGUGGUUCCGAGUUUUUGUUCCAGCACAACGGACAUUUCAAUGAAGUGUAUGAUGCGCUGUGGAAUCCAAAUAUUCCAUUUGUUAUUGGAAGUGCAGGGGAGGGCAGAGAGAUACAGUUCUGGCGACCAAUGAAGCAGUUGAUGAAGGAGGAUAGAACGAUAUUGAAGCCAGCCUUUUUGCAUUGA